UGACGUCUGUUCGCGUCUAUUCCAUCUCGAACUCUAUAAUAAAAGCUAAAAUUAUUGUGAUAUUGUCAAUCACAAAGUAUUGAUCAAAAUAUUCCUUCAUGUUGACUGUCAAAUAAAUGCCUGUGAAAUGCAAAAUAUUUAAAUGCUGUAUAAGGUGCUGUGGAAAAAGUAGUUUAGAGUUUGAGUAUAUUUAGAACAAAGAUAAUAUCUUUGUUUAGAAUAAACUUUUUGGAGUGAAUAAUUUGAACUCCAGUAAAACUCACUGCAAAGCAAUAAGAAUACAUAUUUCCUGUAUAAUAUAUUUAUUAUAUUAUAAAUAUUAGUGAAAAUGCCAUCGAUUUGUGCAGUUGAAGGUUGUGUCAAUCAAGUCCGGAGAAAAAAUCCAGAAAUUAGUUUGUUCUCCUUUCCAAAAGAGGAAUAUUACAUUAAAGAGUGGCAAAAGGUGUGCAGAAAUAAAAACAUCAACCCGAAAUAUGCAAGAAUUUGUUCAGUUCACUUUAGGCCUGACCAUUAUAGAGAAAAGUCCUAUGUGAAUCUUGUAUUGAACACAACUCCAAAACACACAAGAAGGCUUCGCAGGGAUGCGAUCCCAUCAGAAAACCUGUAUAAAAAAAAUGGUCAUGGCGAAGAAGAAGGGGCAGAAAACGGUAUUUCAGAAAUGUCAAGUUCUGCAUCAGAGGAGUAUGAAAGUGAUGGAAUUCUUGCUACGCUUUCUGCCUUAAUUUCGUCACCUGUGUCGGAAGGAAAUCUCGAAAAGGCUUCAGAGGAACUGGCUAAGCUACAAAAAGCAAUAGCCGAACAAUUGGAAAAACUUGAAAAAGAAGAUACUGAAGACAUAGAAAAAGAAGAAAGUUUUGAUACUGAUUUAAAUGAAAGGCAAAAUGAGGAUAGUAAUCAGAUGGAAAGGCUAAGAGAAGAUAAUGAAAAGUAUCGUAAAGAAAAUAAAGUACUGAGAGAGGAAAGUCAACAGCGUCUUCAGCAAAUGUUUGAGGCAAAAAAACAAGAGGCUUGGUGGAAAAAGGCUUGUCACAUUUAUAAAACAAGAGCAGAGUAUGCAGAAGCUAAAUUGAAUUUCAUUGCGUCAAAAAAUGAAAAACUUAUGAACCUGUUUACUUCUGAACAAAUAAAUAAAUAAG